UCUUUUGAAGGAAGGUCUUCUGUAUAAACUUGGGACAAGGGGUUGUCUUGAAAACAUAGAGAAAAGAAAAAAAAAUAUUCAGAAUGGAGGGGCUCAACGAAGUCAUUCCUACUUUAGACUUGCACGAGACUCCAGAUAAGUUGUUGAAUCAGAAAAUCCGUGAAGCGAGUGAGAGAUGGGGAUGUUUCAAGGUGACAAACCAUGGAGUUCCUUUUUCUUUGAUGGCUAAGAUGAAGAAAACUGUUACUGACCUCCAUGAACGUCCAGUUGAGAUGAAAAUGAGAAACACCGAUGUAAUACUAGGAAGUGGUUACAAGCCUAUCAUUGAGUUAAAUCCUCUUUAUGAAUCAUUUGGUGUUUUUGACAUGGCCUCACCACUGGCGGCCAAUACUUUUUGUGACCUACUUGAGGCCUCUGCUGAUCAAAGGGAGAUCUUGGUAAAGUAUGGCAAAGCUAUUGGUGGCCUUGCAAAGGACUUAGCAAGGAGAUUAGUCGAGAGUUAUGGAUUAGCUGGAACUGAUUUAUGCCAAAAAUGGCCGUGCCAAUUUCGGAUUAGUAAAUACCAUUUUAAACCGGAAACAAUCGGUAGAAAUGGUUUGAUAUUACACACGGAUCCUGGAUUCCUAACCGUUCUUCAAGGUGAUGACGAUGUUGGUGGACUUGAAGUCGUAGACCCUUCUUCAGGGAACUAUAUCCCCAUAAACACGUCGCCAAACACGCUUACUGUCAACCUUGGUGACAUGGCUAAGAUAUGGAGCAAUGGGAGGUUGUGUAAUGUGAAGCAUAGAGUUCAAUGCAAAGAAGCGAAAACGAGGAUUACAAUCUCAUGUUUCCUGCUAGCACCAACGGAUAGAGUUGUUGAACCUCCAAGUGAGUUUGUGGAUGCUGAACACCCACGCCUAUUCAAGCCUGUCAGCGAUGGAAAACUAAGAAGGAUUAGAUUGCGCCACAACACUCAUGCUGGCGAAUCUCUAAACUUUGUAACUUUGAAAUACUUAAAUGACCAAAACAUAGAUUAAGGAAGUUGAUACUUACCAACAUCUAUGUCUCUAGAACAUUGUUCUAGUUAAGUAUACCGUGACAAGAAAAAAAAGUUAAGUAUACAAAUAAAGAUGAAUUUAUGGUUUUA